AUGAAGGUUGUGGUUGAGAAAUCUGCUGAUGCUAGGGAGCCCAAGGAGGAUAAAGGGGUCCUUAUUUGGCAGCCCUGGCUAAAGGCCCGUGGUUGGGAUAUUAUUGGCAGGGACACGAUUCUUGAUGAUCUUGAUAUAGUGGUUGGUGUAGCUAGGGUGGUAAUUAUAUCACCCAAUCUAUGCAUCUCUGAAGAUGAUGACUCCUUGGCUCGUAGUGCUCUUCAAUUGAUGGUUGUGCAAGUUGACGACCUCGGUGCUUCGGUUGUGAAGAAAUACAAAGAUAUGAGGACGUCUUUUCUAUCAAACUCUUUGGUUGUUGAGAAUUUUGGGCGCCUAGAAAGUGAGUGUGUGAAGGUCACCGAGGAAUAUGCUUGGCUUCAAGCUAAUCUUUUCAAGAUCACCGAGAAAGGUGAGGAGCUCGAUAAGAAACUAAAGGAGGCCAAACAGGCUUAUAAUACGACCCGUGAGGAAAAAGUUCAGCUGAAUGAGCAAUACGCUUCCUUGUAG